UAAGAAGUCGAUCUAAAUCUUUGGAUCUGGUGGAUGGUAGUUGCAUUAGUUGGGGCAUCUGUACUGAAAAGGCAAAGCGUUAUAAUUAUUUUAAUAUAUUUUAUAACGUGUUUAGUUUGCCUGUACGUAGUUACACGUAGCUGAGUUUUGUAGUGUUACAGCAGGGGCCUGACACACUACAGUAUGGGCUGCGCGGUGCAUUCUGGGGGAAAAUAAAGUGCAAAAAAAUAUCUGCAGAGGAACAAAGAGAGAAAACAGGAAGGAGCGUAAACAGCGACUGCAAACUUUCAAACAUUUCCAACAAACCGCAAGAAAAACAGCAGCCACGCGUGCGCGUUUACAAACAAGAAGCCAGAAAAAUAAAUAAUAUGCCGGACGCCAAAUUCGGCAUAGAAAUGGGUGUUUAAUAAGCAAAGGAAAGCAGCCUGCCGUCUGUGACCCACAAGCCCGGUGCUGGUGUGUUUAUCACGGCCAAAUACCCUUCUGCAAUACCGAGGCUUCCAGCGGUACAGCAGGCCGGAUCGUUUUUCUUUCUUUUGCAUAAGGUUAACUGCUCCUUUUGGACUGCUGCUGGAAGUCUGGAGAGAUGGGUGUCAAAACAUUUAUCCAUAGUUCUCCCACCCACAGCCAGGAGAUGCUGGGCAAGCUGAACAUGCUGCGGAACGAGGGGCAUUUCUGUGACGUCACCAUCCGUGUCCAAGACAAAGUCUUCAUGGCACACAAGGUCGUCCUGGCGUCCUGCAGUGAAUUCUUCCGCACCAAACUCGUGGGCAAACUACAAGAGGAGGACAAAUGCGUCCUGGACUUGAAUCAUGUGACAGUGAGCGGCUUCACACCACUGCUGGAGUACGCCUACACGUCUACCCUCUCUUUAAACACGGAGAACAUCAUUGAUGUUCUGGCAGCUGCCAGCUACAUGCAGAUGUUUACCGUAGCCAGUACCUGUUCAGAGUUCAUGAAAUCAAGUAUCCUUUGGAACAGCGCGAACAACUUGCAGCAGGAGAAGCCUCAGGAGUCUGCUCCGGAGAACUCCACAAACUGCACGUUUACUCCCCAGGAUGGCAGCGUGUCCCCAGUCUCCUCUGAGUGCAGUGUUAUAGAGAGAACCAUACCCAUAUGCCGGGAGUCUCGCAGAAAACGCAAAAGCUACAUCGUGAUGUCGCCCGAGAGCCCUCUUAAAUGCAGUACACAAAACACUUCCCCUCAGAUCCAAAACGCUUCCACCUCCUUCACAGAGACACAGUCCCAUCCAGUGGACUCCUCGUUGGCUUUUCCUUGGACUUUCCCCUUUGGGAUUGAUAGGAGGUUCCAGUCUGAGAAACCCAAGCAGGCUGAGAGCCCCAGGAGCUUGGAACAGCCUGGUCCAUCAGACGUGACCAGAAGGCUGGAUGACUAUCUGAACUGUGAGGGCACAAAAGCCACUUCCCCACUGGCAGCCGAGGAGGACGUCCAUGUGAAAGUUGAGAGACUAAGUGAUGAAGAAGUGCAUGAGGAAGUCUCUCAGCCAGUCAGUGCUUCACAGAGUUCACUGAGCGAUCAGCAGACUGUGCCAGGAAGCGAGCAAGUCCACGAAGACCUUUUAAUUAGCCCCCAGUCUUCCUCGAUUGGUUCAGUAGAUGAAGGAGUCUCGGAGGGGUUACCGUCACUUCAGGGUACUUCCAGUGCUGGAGGCCAUGCAGAUGACGAUGAAAGGCUCGAAAGUGUACAGUAUCCCUAUCACCUGUAUAUAACCCCGUCUACGAGACCCAGCACAAAUGGUCCUGACAGACCUUUCCAGUGCCCUACGUGUGGAGUCAGGUUUACACGCAUUCAGAACUUGAAACAGCACAUGCUUAUCCACUCUGGCAUUAAACCUUUCCAGUGUGAUCGCUGCGGGAAAAAGUUCACUCGGGCGUACUCCUUAAAGAUGCAUCGCCUGAAGCACGAAGGUAAACGCUGUUUCCGGUGCCAGAUAUGUAGCGCCACUUUCACUUCCUUCGGUGAAUAUAAGCACCACAUGCGGGUGUCCCGGCACAUUAUCCGCAAGCCGAGGAUUUACGAGUGCAAAACGUGCGGCGCCAUGUUCACCAACUCUGGAAAUUUAAUCGUACAUCUGAGGAGUCUGAACCAUGAAGCGUCAGAGCUAGCAAACUACUUCCAGAGCAGUGAUUUCCUAGUCCCAGAUUACCUGAAUCAGGUACAGGAGGAGGCGUUGGGGCAGUAUGAGUUAGGAGACCACCAUUUCGAAGGCAACCCUUCUAUCCAAAUGCCAGUCAUAUCCCAGGUGUCGUCCACACAGAACUGUGAAAGCACUUUCCCCUUGGCGAGCCUGGGUGGACUGGGAGAUAAGGAAGAGGAGGAGGAGGAGGAGGAAGAGGACGAGGAGGAGCAACUUGAAGAUCCAAAGAGAAAUGAGGAAACAGAAGAGGACCUUCAAAAGAAAGAGUCUUCCCUGCAAUUAGAAAGUGCCUGAAUUUGUUCUCUUUUGACUCUGACGGCAUCAUGCAAAUGGGGAAAAAAUAGAAAUUCCUUUUUUCCUUUUUUUAAAGGAAAUAAAAAUAGCUUUUUGAGCCUAUUUCAACAAUGAACAUAAUGAUCCUGCAUCCCUUUUUUCAUAUUAAAAAGGUGUCAUUUCUGUGUAAGGUUCCUUAAAAAAUACUCUUUUAGGUGUUACUUUCUUUAUUGCUUUUGUUUUGAAUAGUUUGAAUGCUGGACUGGACACUUUAAUGUUUGUGGGUGUGUGUGAGUGUGUGUGUGUGUGUUUGUACGUGCUUGCGUGCACACGUGAGUGUAUGUGUGUUUCCUUCAGAAUCUGAACCACAUUAUAGUAUUUUAAGUUUAUCAAAGAAAAAUCUAAAAUAUAGAUAAAACAGUUUUAGUGCCAGAAACUGGGUGUUGGUUAAAUUGACUGAUCAUUAUUUUUGUAGGCACCUGGCUUUUCAUAUUAUGUGUUCUAAUGUACUAAUCCUUUUAAAAAAAAGAAAGUUGGUCUUUGUUGUGUAGUAUUUCUAUUUGUUUCUACUUUUAAUAUCCUAAGAAAAUAAUUUAUCAUGCACAGAAUGUCAAGCACUUUCUGGAUCCACAGCAUUCAAUAUAACUUAGAGACAUCUGUGAACUGUAAAGAUGUCUGGAAUGGAUUUAGUAGAACUGCAUGCAAUAGCUAUACUGCAGGAUACAAUGUGACUUGGAUGCGGGAUACUGUGAGCCCAGCUAUGUUAGCCGUUGCUUGAUUUUACAAUUCUUCAUUUCAGUUUUGCACCAGGAAAUUUGUACUUCAGUAAUUUCUGAAGAACACCAGCCAAAACACUAAAUACAAAUGUAUAAUCAUAGUGUGUAUAUGCGCAGUCUUAUCCGUUCGUAUGUAUGUGUGUGUGUGCGUGUCUAUAUAUAUAUAUAUAUAUAUAUAUAU